CACCGGACAGACUCCCUUCUGCAGACUUCCGAGCAUCGGAGCUCUGCGACUACGGGCAGUGCCGUUUUCCUACAUUAUCACCGGCUGAUCUGUUCGUAAUCUACGACGAUCCGGGGAGAUUUUUUUUUUCUAGGACUUGAAUGUUUUCCUGGGAUUGCUGACUCGUACUAUUUUCAGGUGGUUUUUAACUUAUACAUUACAAUGACUCGAGUUUACAUUGGUAAUCUGGAUCCACGCGUUUCAGAGAGGGAUCUUGAAGAUGAAUUUCGAAUGUUCGGUGUUCUUAGGAGUGUGUGGGUUGCUAGAAGGCCUCCGGGAUAUGCAUUUAUUGAGUUUGAUGAUCGCAGGGAUGCUCUAGAUGCAAUACAGGCAUUGGAUGGGAAAAAUGGUUGGCGUGUGGAGCUUUCUCACAACUCUAAAGGCGGUGGAGGUGGUGGUGGUGCUCGUCGUGGCCGUGGUGGUGGUGGUGGUGGUGAUGAUUUGAAAUGUUAUGAAUGUGGUGAACCUGGUCAUUUUGCUCGAGAGUGUCGUUCCCGUGGGGGCUCACGAGGCAUUGGAGGUGGCUUGCGUCGUAGUCCUUCUCCUCGACGCCGCAGGAGUCCAAGUUAUGAAAGAUAUGGUCGCAGGAGUAACAGUCCUCGUGGUAAAAGAUCUCCACGACGUCGCAGCAUUACACCUCCUAAGCGUGGUCGGAGCUACAGCAGAUCUCCUCCACUCCGUCAUGCUCGCCAUGCCUCACCUUAUGCUAACGGAGAUUGAUCCCGGAAUCAAGGCAGAUGCUGUGCUUGUAGAGAUUAGAUGAUGGUGUUUCUGCUAUACUGUAGUUCUAUUAGGAAUUGUGGAAUGAAGCGGAAUCAUGUAGUUAAGUUCGUCUUUGACAAUUGGUUCUCUUUGAAACCUGGAUUUGGAUGGGUGUCUACCAAGUGUUUUAAGCCACCAAAUGGCAUUCUGUCUGGAACCGUUUUGUGUUGGCUCUCUUCUACCCGCUGAAACUCGGAGGUCGCGUUCUUGCUUUCAAAAUGAUAUCUAUUCCCCAGAAUUUUAUAUAUACCUCUCUCUAUAUGUUUAUUAGUGUUUCUUUUUCA